AUGUCCAUAAAGACUUCAAAGUCAGGAUUCUCAGUUCGUGAUAUUUUAGACCUCCCGGAUACGAAUGAUAAAGGAUCGGUGACUGAAGACACUGAAGAUGAGGCGGAUGAAGAACUUAACCAGAGUAUUUCUGGAAAUAAGCAGCAGACGUUUUGGCCAGGAUCUGCAUAUGGCCAUCAAUAUCCAUCGCUACCAUCAGCAUCUCCAGAGGAUUUAACACCGGAACUGUCCACGGAUGAGUCUCAAGAUCGUAACAGGGAGAGUUCAGAGGACUCUGAGGGCGCAGGGAAAAAGCGCAAAAGAAGAAUACUGUUUUCAAAGGCUCAGACGUUUGAAUUGGAGAGACGCUUUAGGCAACAAAGAUACUUAUCAGCCCCCGAGAGAGAACAUCUUGCUAGGGUGUUACGUUUAACUCCAACACAGGUGAAGAUAUGGUUUCAGAACCAUCGUUAUAAAGUCAAGAGGGUCCGGGCCGAAUAUGGAAUGGACCCGGGAUAUCUGAUCUCUCCAAGGCGGGUGUCUAUUCCCGUUCUGGUGAGGGACGGAAGACCAUGCCAUGUUCUCAAUCCUCAGGACAUCACCGGUACCUUUCCAGAAGGUGCAUCAUUUUCUGCUGUCAACAUAAAGCAAUUUCCCCAAAUACAACACAUAAGGCAUAACAUCAGAUCCAGCGUUAUGACACAUCAAACAGCUGUCAGUCAUGUAUCUCACAUGCAACCGUGGACUUGGUGAAAAUGUUAACGGAGAGCUUUAACUGCACUUUGGAAAUAUUGUUUAGUUUUU